ACGCUGAAGUUUUCUCCCCGCUGCGCUGGAACUCACCCCCGGCAGCUGGCGCCCGGGCCAUGCGGGAGCGCUGGGGACGCGCAGCAGCAUGAAGGGCGGCGAUCGGGCUUACUCCCGAGGUCCCUCUUUGGGGUGGCUCUUGGCGAAGUGCUGCUGUUGCUUCCCUUGCAGAGAUGCAUAUUCUCAUUCCUCCAGUGAAAAUGGAGGCAAAUCGGAGUCCGUGGCCAACUUGCAGACUCAGUCCUCCCUGAACUCCAUCCACAGUUCCCCGGGUCCCAAGCGCUCCACCAACACGCUUAAAAAGUGGCUGACAAGUCCCGUGCGUCGGCUCAACAGUGGGAAAACAGAUGGAAACAUCAAAAAGCAGAAGAAAGUGCGCGAUGGUCGGAAGAGCUUCGACCUGGGAUCUCCCAAGCCUGGGGAUGAGACCACUCCACAGGGAGACAGUGCCGAUGAGAAGAGCAAGAAAGGUUGGGGUGAAGACGAGCCAGAUGAAGAAUCACACACACCUCUCCCUCCACCAAUGAAGAUCUUUGACAACGACUCCACGCAGGAUGAGAUGUCCUCCUCUUUGCUAGCAGCCCGGCAGGCUACCACUGAAGUACCGACUGCUGCAGACCUUGUCAGUGCAAUAGAAAAGUUGGUCAAAAACAAGCUGACUCUAGAAGGAGGGUCCUACAGGGGGAGCUUGAAGGACCCCACAGGCUGCCUGAAUGAGGGGAUGACCCCACCCACACCUCCUAGAAACCUGGAAGAAGAACAGAAAGCCAAAGCCCUCAGAGGCAGGAUGUUUGUCCUGAAUGAACUUGUACAGACAGAGAAAGACUAUGUCAAGGACCUGGGGAUUGUGGUGGAGGGUUUCAUGAAGAGAAUAGAAGAGAAGGGGGUCCCAGAGGAUAUGCGAGGGAAGGAUAAAAUCGUGUUUGGGAAUAUCCACCAGAUUUAUGACUGGCAUAAAGAUUUCUUCCUGGCUGAACUGGAAAAAUGUAUCCAAGAGCAAGACAGAUUGGCCCAGCUGUUUAUUAAACAUGAGCGGAAGCUGCACAUCUAUGUGUGGUACUGCCAGAACAAGCCACGCUCGGAGUACAUCGUGGCUGAGUACGAUGCCUACUUUGAGGAGGUAAAACAGGAGAUAAAUCAAAGGCUGACACUUAGUGACUUUCUCAUCAAGCCUAUUCAGAGAAUAACAAAGUACCAGUUGCUCCUCAAGGACUUCCUGAGGUACAGUGAGAAGGCUGGUUUGGAAUGUGCAGAUAUUGAGAAAGCUGUGGAGUUAAUGUGCCUUGUUCCCAAACGCUGCAAUGACAUGAUGAAUUUGGGGCGCCUGCAGGGCUUUGAGGGUACCCUGACUGCCCAGGGCAAGCUUCUGCAGCAGGACACGUUCUACGUGAUUGAGCUGGAUGCCGGCAUGCAGUCCCGGACCAAGGAGAGACGUGUAUUCCUCUUUGAGCAGAUUGUCAUCUUCAGUGAACUGCUCAGGAAGGGCUCCCUCACCCCUGGCUACAUGUUCAAGAGGAGCAUUAAGAUGAAUUACUUGGUACUGGAGGAGAAUGUGGACAAUGACCCCUGCAAAUUUGCACUCAUGAACAGAGAGACUUCUGAGAGGGUCAUUCUGCAAGCUGCCAACUCAGACAUCCAGCAGGCAUGGGUACAGGACAUAAACCAAGUCUUAGAAACACAGAGGGACUUCUUAAAUGCACUACAGUCUCCCAUUGAGUAUCAACGGAAAGAAAGGAACUCAGCCGUGAUGCGGUCCCAGCCUGCCAGGGCUCCCCAGGCCAGCCCUAGGCCCUACUCCUCUGUUCCCAUGGGCUCAGAGAAGCCUCCAAAGGGCUCCAGCUACAACCCACCUCUGAAGAUAUCUACCUCCAAUGGCAGUCCAGGGUUCGACUACCACCAGUCUGGGGACAAGUUUGAGGCCAGCAAGAAUGACCUGGGAGGCUGCAAUGGGACCUCAUCCAUGGCAGUGAUCAAAGAUUACUAUGCACUGAAGGAGAAUGAAAUAUGUGUGAGCCAAGGUGAGGUGGUCCAGGUCCUCGCCGUCAACCAGCAGAACAUGUGCCUGGUAUACCAGCCUGCCAGCGAUCAUUCCCCAGCCGCCGAGGGCUGGGUUCCGGGCAGCAUCCUAGCACCCCUCACCAAAGCCACAGCAGCAGCAGAAAGUAGUGACGGGAGCAUCAAGAAGUCAUGUUCAUGGCAUACUCUACGCAUGAGAAAGCGGGCGGAAGUGGAGAACACGGGUAAAAAUGACGCCACAGGGUCUCGUAAACCCAAGGAAAUUCUGGGCACCAAAGUCUCUGUUAAAGAGACGAACAGUUCCGAGGAGUCAGAAUAUGAUGAUCUUGACCCUAAUACUAGCAUGGAGAUCUUAAAUCCAAAUUUCAUUCAAGAAGUGGCCCCAGAAUUCCUUGUGCCCUUAGUGGAUGUGACCUGCUUGCUUGGAGACACAGUGGUCCUACAGUGCAAAGUGUGCGGGCGGCCAAAGCCCACUAUAACCUGGAAGGGUCCAGACCAGAACAUCCUUGACUCAGAGAACAGCUCAGCCACAUACACGGUCUCCUCCUGUGAUUCUGGGGAGAUCACCCUGAAGAUCUGCAAUCUGAUGCCCCAAGACAGCGGGAUUUACACCUGCAUAGCCACAAACGACCACGGCACCGCGUCCACGUCUGCCACGGUGAAGGUGCAAGGUGUUCCUGCAGCCCCCAACCGCCCCAUCGCUCAGGAGAGGAGCUGUACCUCGGUCAUUCUGCGCUGGCUGCCCCCGGCCAGCACGGGGAACUGCACUAUUUCCGGCUACACCGUGGAGUACCGGGAGGAAGGUUCCCAAGUCUGGCAGCAGUCCAUCGCUUCCACCUUGGACACUUACCUCGUCAUUGAAGACCUCAGUCCUGGCUGUCCUUAUCAGUUCAGAGUCAGUGCCAGCAACCCGUGGGGAAUCAGCCUUCCCAGCGAACCCUCAGAGUUCGUGCGACUUCCAGAGUACGAUUCAGCUGCGGAUGGGGCCACCAUUUCUUGGAAGGAAAAUUUUGAUUCUGCUUAUACUGAGCUGAAUGAGAUUGGCAGGGGCCGAUUUUCGAUCGUCAAGAAAUGCAUUCACAAAGCUACCCGCAAAGAUGUUGCUGUGAAAUUCGUGAGCAAAAAAAUGAAGAAGAAGGAACAGGCUGCCCACGAGGCUGCCCUGCUGCAGCACCUGCAGCACCCCCAGUACGUGACCCUCCACGACACCUACGAGUCCCCCACCUCCUACAUCCUGAUUUUGGAGCUGAUGGAUGAUGGCCGACUUUUAGACUACCUUAUGAAUCAUGAUGAACUGAUGGAGGAAAAAGUAGCUUUCUAUAUCCGGGACAUCAUGGAAGCCUUGCAGUACCUUCACAAUUGCAGGGUUGCACAUUUGGACAUAAAGCCUGAAAACCUGCUCAUUGACCUCCGGAUUCCAGUGCCUCGAGUGAAGCUUAUUGACUUGGAGGAUGCUGUCCAGAUCUCAGGCCACUUCCACAUCCACCACCUGCUGGGGAACCCCGAGUUUGCUGCUCCAGAAGUGAUCCAAGGCAUCCCUGUCUCUUUGGGCACAGACAUCUGGAGCAUCGGGGUUCUGACAUAUGUCAUGCUCAGUGGGGUAUCCCCUUUCUUAGAUGAGAGCAAAGAGGAGACAUGUAUCAAUGUCUGCAGAGUGGAUUUCAGCUUCCCCCAGGAAUACUUCUGCGGUGUGAGCAAUGCUGCCAGGGACUUCAUCAACGUGAUCUUACAGGAAGACUUCCGGAGACGGCCAACGGCAGCCACCUGCCUGCAGCAUCCGUGGCUACAGCCUCACAAUGGCAGCUACUCCAAGAUCCCCCUGGACACCUCCCGCCUGGCGUGCUUCAUAGAACGCCGCAAGCACCAGAAUGAUGUACGGCCUGUUCCCAAUGUCAAGAGCUACAUUGUGAACCGGGUGAACCAAGGAACAUAG